GCCAAUUGACAAUUGUUAGAAUUCAAAAUAGGACAUGGGAAACAUUGGAUCAAAUUAUUAAAUAAAAUAUAUAAUUUAUUGUCUAUUUACUUAUAUAUAGUGUUCAAAUUUUAUUAGUAAUUAAUCCAGAAAAUAUGUCGUGGAAUUUUUUUAUGACAAUCAAACCUCUUUCACCUUUUGUAGACAUAGUUCGACAUGCUAGUAAGAAAACUGGAGGCAGUACAAGAAAUACGAACUGUAAAGUUAAACCGAAACACAGAGGCUGGAAGGUUCAAGAUGGCCACACAGUGCAAGCAGGACAUAUAUUAGCUACUCAAAGAAACCUAAGAUUCCAUCCAGGUUUAAAUGUGGGAAUGGGGAGGAAUGGCACAUUGUUCGCUAUGGAACCCGGAAAAGUUGUGGUAACUUGUGAAAAAUUUGAACCAAAUUGGGAGCAUACAUGGGUUCAAAGAAUUUAUAGUGGAAGAGGUGACCAAGUAAUUUUUAAGAAGUAUUUUAAUAUCAUACCUAAACCACAACAUAACAGAUUUAAGUUAAUCGAGGAAAUGUAACAUUAUUGAUUGUAAAUAAAUAGUGUGAUUAAACUUAGUUUUAGGUCUA